GCGGAGUUAGAGAGAUUAUUGGUCAGGGCAGAAAGAGGCAGCGAAGGGAGAGCCACAUGUGCUGCUUCGUCUGCGUGUGACAUGUCCGGAUCUCGUUGGCGCCAAGAACCACCACCACCACCACAUCCUGGAGCAGGGCGAGGCAACCUCCGCGCCACUCGCCAGCUGCCCAGUCGUCUCCCACGUCCUAGCACAACAGAGCAGAGCAGAGCGAGCAAAGGUAUCUGCCAUCCACCAUGGCCGUCUCCAUCGCCGGCAGCAGCAUCCGCCUCCACGUUGCCCCGCCCAGUCGCCGCCGCGUCAGCGUGGUCUCCGCCGCCGCCGCGGCGCGGCUCGACCGGCGCUCGGCGGCCCUGCUCCUGCUGUCCACGGCGGUUCCAGCGGCAUCGGCAGCGACAGCUCCCCCAGCGAGCGCCGCGGGCAUCGGUCUCUUCGGCAUCCGCAAGAAGCUGGAGCGCGCGGAGGAGGCGGCAGUCGAGGCGGUGAGGGAGGUGGAGGAGGCGGCGGCGGAGGCCGCGGCGGUGGGCGGGGAAGCCGUGAAGGAGGCGGCGGCCGAGGCGGUGCGGGAGGUGGAGGAGGCCGCGGCGGUGGGCGGGGAGGCCGUGAAGGGGGCGGUGACGGAGGCGGAGAAGGAGGUCGCCAGCGAGGGCCUGCAGCUGGUGGCCGGCGCGGAGCUCGCCGGGGACGGGCUAGUGCAGGCCGCGGUGGUCGCCGGCGCCGAGGCGCUCGGGGUCGUCGUGGGCCUAUCCGUGGUAAAUGGUAUCCUGAAGCCCGAGGCCUAGAUGGUGUAGGCUGCUGGGCCUUGUAGUUUCGGCCGAAUACAAGUGUUUGGGCUUUAGCGCUUCGUUGUCGGUGUCGCUGUAAUUUGCUGAUGACCUCUUCUUUUGUGUGUAAAUUGUUAUUAUUAUAACAAUUAUUGGAGUGCGGAUAUGGGCAGCUAG